AUGGCGAACGAGGAGAGGCACUGUUUCAUUACUGAGUGGUACGACACUCAUGCUGAAAUUCGGCGAAGAUACCAGCUCAUGCGAUACCCAGAUAAAACCAUUACAAUGUACGACAUCAAAAACCGAAGAAAGUUCCUCAGCCGAACCGCGAUGUCUGACAUCCCAGAGAAACUUUUCAUUGGCACCAAGUUAAAUAUUCACAGCAGGCAGCACACAAUUGUUGCAUAUGGUGACGAUAAGACUGAAACUGAUCACUCCGGGCUCAACGAAGCGAUCCUCUUCGUCUUUCCCGAAUCGAAAUGGAACGCAGUUGGAGAUGUCUUGAACAAUGUCUACAAAAACGGACUCAAGAUAACAAACGUAAAAUCGCUUCACCUGAAUAAAGAUUGCGCUGAAAUCGCCGGUUUCGAAGGACGAGCUCUCGCCAUGGCUGUUCAAGGCAAUGAUUCAUUCGCUCUUAUGAGCAAGUGCACUAACCCAGCUGACGUUGGCUACGUUUCUACUGACAAGGAGGCAGUCCCAAGACACUUGGAAUCAUUCUUCAGCGAUAUUUCCAUGCAGAGCACUUCUCUUCGAAAUGAACAGUGCACUUGCGCCGUAAUCAAACCAUCAUUCCUUCAUCGAUCCGGAGAAAUUAUCAACGCCAUUGAGAAAGCUGGCUUUCAGAUCACCGCCAUGAGAUUGAACUCGUUGGAUAGAAAAGAAGUCGAGGAGUUUUACGAAGUUUACAGAGAUGUCGUCACAGAGUACACUGGAAUGGUGGACGAACUCAGCUCCGGGCCCAGUCUGGCUCUUGAGAUUUCCACGAUUCCCGAAGGAGAACAUACGAGAUUCCGCGAGUUCUGCGGCCCAGUUGACCCCAAAGUCGCAGCGGCUAUUCGACCAGGAACCCUGCGCGCGAUCUUCGGCAUCAAUCGCAUCAAGAACGCCAUCCACUGCACUGAUUUGGACACUGACGGAGCCUUCGAAUCAAACUACAUGUUCAACGUUCUAUAA